ACGGGCUGGAUUCCUAUUCUUAUGUUUGCUCCAUGCCUAGCUCUUGGAGCUUCUUUAUUUCUUUAUAAUGGAAGUGCUUUCUUCAAGAAAAGCUCACGCAACUUUUGGGAUGUCCUUUCAGAGAGUAAAGCUAUCUAUGUGUUUCUAAUUCCCAGUCAGUUGGAUAAAUUGGAAAAAAGGAAUAUAGUCCCAAGACCAUCACUAUCUUUUGAAUUCUUGAAAGUUAUUGCACUUGGUAGCUGUCCCGUGAAAAUUCAAAAUGUGGAAUAUUUGUAUACAUACCUUCCUAAAACAACAUUUAUAUCAAGCCUCUACGGUUCAACGGAGUUUUUUGGCAAAGCUUCAGGAUUUUACUUAAAAUCUCCAAGUUAUGCUGGGGAAAUUCAACUACCAGGAUUAGGAAUCGAUAUUCAAUGCUAUAACGACGAUGGAUUGCCGGUGAUUGGUGAACUUGGAACUCUGGUAAUUUCAACACCGUCUCCUUCCUUACCAACAUACUUGUGGAAGGACACGGAUCGCAGCGUUGUAAACUCCAACUAUCUCUCUCGUUUUCCAGGUGUGUGGUGCCAAAAUGACAAUUGUUGGAUUAAUCCGGUUACAAAUGGUAUUUUGGUAAAAGGAAGAAGUGACGAUACGUUCGUUCAAAAUGGGGACCGUUUUGGACCUGGAGAUAUUUACUUUGCAAUUCACAAUAUCGAUGAAAUAGUUGACUACAUCUGUGUGGCACAAAAUAGAGUAGAUGGUGAUGAAAGAGUUGUUCUGUUCGUAAAGAUGAGAGAAGACUGCGAGUUUUCGCCUUCUUUGAGAACUAAAAUCGAACAAAAAAUUGAAACUGAAUUGUUUGAAGAUUGUGUACCAAAAGUUAUCUUUCCAAUAAAAGAUAUUCCAUACAAUAUGAAUAAUAAAAGAAUGGAAAGCAUUGUACGAAAAAUAUUAGUGAACAAUAAAGUACCUGAUGUUGUUAAUAUUAAGAACCCUGAAUGUCUGAAGUAUUACUGCAAUAUUCCAGAAAUUAUGAGUUACUACAAGACAGAAGAAGAUAAAAAAGAUUUGCUUGUUCCUACUAAAAAUUAAUAUAAACUGGAGUCAAACAUUUUUGUCAUUUAUAUUAUACCUUUUAAUGCAAAUUGUACAAGGUAUUGAGAAGAGAAAUUUAUUUCAGAUGUUGAAGAAAUUGUGUAACAUGAUGUGUGACAAUCUUUUAUAACAUGUAAUGUUAUAGUAUAA